UGUGUGCAACAAUGAAACUCCUGCUGCUGGCUGCGCUCGUGGGCUCGGUGCUGGCCGAGGGACCGAUCCGCCGUUACUACCACGAGAGCGUGGGUAUCCCUCUGGCGGCCGCCAUCAAGAGAAGAGAGGAGGCGGGCGACUUCGAUGGCUCGAAGAUCGCUGGAGGAUCAGCCGCGGCCCUCGGCGACCACCCUCAUUUUGGUGGACUGCUGAUCUCACUGUCUUGGGGCGGAACCUCUGUGUGCGGCUCCACGCUACUCUCCAACACCAGAGCGAUCACCGCCGCCCACUGCUGGACCGACGGGCAGCAAACUGCGAGAGAGGUGACAAUCGUGCUGGGCUCCCUGCUGCUGUUCUCGGGCGGUACCCGCAUCACCUCUUCCUCCGUCGUUGUUCACGAGAACAGAAACAACGACAUCGCCAUCAUCAACUUGAGCUGGGUCACUUAUACUAACUUCAUCCAGCCUGCGAGCUUGCCCACUGGUCUGGCCGACGAGAAUUUUGUUGGUCAGUUGGCGUGGGCUGUUGGUUUUGGACUUACUAGCGAAGGCGGCGGGAUCUCCGGCAAUCAGUUCCUGAGCCACGUGCAGCUGCCGGUGAUCAGCAACGGGGCAUGCGCCGCCGUGUACGGGCCCGCCGUGGUGCCCAGCACCGUGCUCUGCGUGAGCGGCGAAGACGGCCGCAACGUGUGCCCCGGCGACUCCGGCGGCCCGCUGUGGCUCUGGAGCGGCAACCAACGCGUCCUGAUCGGUGUGUCGUCAUUCGGCGCGGCCGCCGGCUGCGAGCGCGGCUUGCCUUCCGGAUUCACUCGCAUCACGUCCUUCGUCUCCUGGAUACAAGACAGAUUGUAAAUGUGUCCGGCUAUAUAAAUAAUAAUAAAGGAUUUUUUUUCUUUUUUAUUAGUAAUAGGAAAUUCAAGACGUAUUUACAUAAAAAAACAAAUACUACAUAAUUGUGUACUGAACUAGA